AUGGACAACGGCCGCUACCCGCCCGAGGGCUCCAGCUCCAGGGAGGCAAAGGUAGCCAUACCAAGAAUUCCUGGCCAUGGAUACCAGAUGCCGCCUGCCACAAGAACUCCUCGGGUCCGCACCGAAGUAGUGAGCAAGGCUGUGAAGAUCAAAUGCUCUGGCCACCGUCCGCAAUGUAUCAACUGUCAACGGCAGGACAAUGAUUGUCACUACGACCUGGAGCGCAAGGACCGCCUCAAAGGAGCUCAACGCAAAUCGCACGCCUUGACUGCACUCUUGAUUGAAGUGAGCAGCCAGCUUGACGAUGAGAGCAAGAAGAGAGUUGAGGAUACCUUGGCAUCUUUCGAAGACGACACGCCGCCUCCUCCACCAACACCUGCUCUCUCUCAUGGCAAGCGCGCAAGAAGAGCUUCGUCACCUUCCCCCAAUGACGAUGCUCUGAGCGCCACCUCUGUAGAUGGCGGAGAAGCUCACGUCUCAGCUUCAGUCGGCUCCAACGAAGAUCUAGACUUCGUCCAAGAGGACAUUCUCAAUACGGAUGAGGCAGACAACACGGGCUACAUGGGUCACAAUUCGCACGUUCAGUGGCUCAGAGCCCUGGAAACCAAGAUCGAACAGCCCGAGGGCGAACCUGCCAACAUGCCCUACGGGCCACCGGGCGUCGACGGCGACGCCUUUAACCAGCGUGCUGAAGCGCUUCACGGGCGUCAGCAACAGAGCCAUACUCGCCCUUCUCCGCACCAUGACAAAUUUUCUGGCUACUACUUUUACCUUGACAAAUCCAGCAUCGACAUCGAUGUUGGUGAUCCACACGUCAUACCCUCUGCUGAGUCGGCUGAGAGGCUGUUCGACUACUACAAAGCAGUUGUGCAUAGUCCAUUCCCCAUUUUAGGUGACAUGUUCGAAGCUCAACUGAAAACGUACUUUGCCAAGGAUCAGGGUAGUCCUACGCUGGUCGUCUGCCCAAAGUGGAAAGCUGUUAUGAACCUCGUAUUCGCUAUUGGCGCACGCUAUUCUCAUCUCAUCGGCGCCGAAUGGCAAGCCGACGAUCGUGAUCACUUAGUGUAUAUGUGGAGAGCAAUCCAUCUAUUGCAGCUCCAAAGCAUUGAUACCCUCGUUGCGCAGCCAGAUCAAGCGCUGAUUCAGGCCGCAGGCUUGCACCUCAGACACGAAGACCCUUCCAUGUCUCCCAAGAGAAAGAAGGCCCUGGCCCAGAUUUGGUGGUCACUUUACUCCAUCGAAUGUGUUCUUACUUGCAUAACUGGGCGCCCACGCACAGUAAGCGCCAUUGACUGCACUGUACCGCCACCAGGCGCAAAGGGUACAGAACUGGAUUCAUCAUCUCGCGAAACCACCACAUCAGCUGCAAUCAGGCAGGCAUCUGAGUCUUCUGCGGGCGAGUCCAUGAUCAAAACCAGCGUCGAUCCGUUUGACGUAGCCUACGUUAGGAUCGACAUCCUCAUGGACAAGAUUUUGUCUGGCUUGUAUUCCGCCCAAAAGUCUGCCAAGUCCUGGAAGUCUGCCCAAAAGGAGAUUGCUUCGCUAUCUGACGAUUUAGAAGCCUGGGCCUUGCACUCCCUGGUUCGGGGUCCAGCAACAGCGACUGCUGCCACUUCAGAGAGCAACCUGAGCCGAGAGCAGGUGCUGCUUUACAUCUAUUACCACAACGCCAAGAUUUGCAUCACCCGGCCCUGUCUAUGCCGGCUAGACCUGCGCAUAAAGGGCCAGAGCGAACAGUCGACUCGAUUCAACCAGAAGUCUGCUGAGGCCUGCAUAGGUGCAGCUCUAGAUCUCACUUCCAUGUUGCCAGAUCCUCCCAAUCCUGCGUGGUUUUACGGACACGCUUGCAUCGAUAAGCUCAUACGAUGGUUGAAUUCGAUGAAACCCGUCGACGCAGUCAGCGAGAACGCAUACAAUGUUAUCGCCAGAGUCAUGAAUAAGCAGACUAAAGAAGAGGCGGCCCGUCGUCGACUACCUCAGCCACAAAUAACGGAUCAGCACCAAAAGCAGCAAGAUAUAGAGCAUAUGGCCUUUGACUCACAGCAGCGAUAUCAGCCGUACAGUCAACCUCUUACGUUGCAGCAGUCAGAUGUUGCAUGGCCAAGCGCUGACCCAUUCAAUAGCAACAUCUAUUCGCAGUCCAACACAGGCAACUUCGAUCUCUACGACGCUCCUGGCGGCGAUAUUUUGAACGAUCCCACCACUGGGCUAACAGAAUACGGUCAGCCUCUGAAUCUGUUCUAUGGAAAUCCCUACGAAUCGACUUUCGAUCACUGGGAAUGGGAUCCAGCGACUUUUCAGGAUCCAGAUCAGCAAGGUUAUCCAGGAUAUGAAGGGUAUGAUCCAGGUGGUGGCUAG